GGUCGCCGGUCAGUGAAAUUCACGUACUACUGCUUACUAUUAUAUUGUAUAUUAUUGUAAAUACAAAUGGAUGGUGUUAAUUUGUUCACACAAUUCGUGGCCCAUCAUAAACCACAAUUGGAAUCGUCUGGUGUGCCACAACAUUUUUGGAAAUCCUUGCAUCGUAAAUUAGUAAAGGAAAUUUUUGAUGCCGGCAUAUCGCUACAAUUAUUGUUGAUUGAUUACGAUGGAGAUGAAGAAAAUGGCUCAGAAGCACCAGUUGUUAGUGCAAACAGCAUUACAACGCCAGUCGCAGAGGAACCACGUCCAAUGUUUGCCCUUACGGUAGCUCGUGAAGGUGGAAUUAAGGCCGCGGAUCCAGAUGCUAUAUAUCUCAUUGAUCACGCCUGGACAUUCCGUAUGAAUAUGGCUAGACAGCAACUAACACAACAUGAACAGUUAACGGAUCGUAUGUGUGCCAUAAUGGGUGUCGAUAUUGAUGACGAAGAUCGCAUUGAUCAAGUCUUGGUUAAAAUGUGGCGUUACUGUCUUUCAUAUACUAUUGCCAGUAAUGGUCUAUCUGAUGAAGAACGACUUCCUAUUUGGUAUGUGAUGGAUGAAGUUGGUUCCGCCGUAAGCCACUCGGAUGAUCCUAAUUUUCGUGUAGUUCCGUUUCUAUACCUAAAUAACCAAACAACGUAUAGCCUACUUUUUCCUAUACGUGAUUGUGCUUAUGAAGAAUAUGUAACGCGUGAUUUUGUAGAAUAUGUGAGCAGGGAUAAAGCAGAACGCGAAGCUCUAUUAUUGCCAUGGCGUGCUACUGAUCUACGUGAAAACUCUUUUAUGCAAGUUGAACCUGAUUCAGAAUACUUUUCCACUGGUCAUAUACCUGAAACGUUCCCUGAAGGAGACACUGCUCUAUUAAAACCUCAAGUAAAUCGUAAUCAACCACUAAAGGUUUAUAGUGAAUAUGAAGUGUUAAGCGCACAUCUGACUGAUCCUUGUUUUCAAUUAGUUGGCAAUCAAUCCGAAGCUGAUGUGCUUUGGUUGACACAUCACUAUAAGGACUUUGCGGAAUUAGCCCUUAAUACGCCGAACAAGUUUAUAAAUCAAUUCCCUUAUGAAUAUGUUCUGACAAUCAAAGAUUUACUGGCAAUUACGGGGAGGCGUGCAGCACAGGAACAUCACAAUCCUUCUACAUUGGAGACAUAUCCUCGCUGGCUGCCAACAACAUUUAACCUAAAGACGGAAUUGCUACAAUUUGCAUCAUAUUAUCAACAUCGUGUUGCAAGGGGUCUUGAUAAUCACUGGAUUGUGAAACCAUGGAAUUUAGCGCGUGGAAUGGACACCGACAUAACGGACAAUAUUGUACAAAUUGUACGACUGCCGAUAACUGGACCGAAAGUCGCCCAAAAAUAUAUCGAACGGCCGGUAUUAUUUAAACGUACUGAACUAGACGCUGAGGUUAAAUUUGAUAUACGCUAUGUGAUAUUGGUUAAGAGUUUUCAACCACUGGAAGCUUACAUACAUAGAAAAUUCUUUCUACGAUUUGCUAAUAAGUCAUUUAGUCUAAAUAACUUCGAUGACUAUGAACAACACUUCACUGUAAUGAAUUAUCAUGAAGAGGCAGAGUUGCGACACAUAAAAUGUGAAGAUUUCUUGGGUUAUUGGAAGGAGCAGUAUCCAAGACAUGAUUGGUCAACAAUUCAAAAGGACAUAUGUUUGAUGUUACAUGAGAUACUAACUUGUGCAUCCAAGCGCCCGCCUCCAUGUGGUAUACCGCCUUGUCAGCAAUCUCGUGCACUUUAUGCCGCCGACAUAAUGCUUGAAUGGGAAAAAACAGAUGAAGAUAAAACAUGUCAAAUGACACCCAAAUUGUUGGAGAUCAAUUGGACACCGGAUUGUAAGCGUGCAUGUGAUUACUAUCCAGAUUUCUUUAAUGAUAUUUUCAAAUUACUCUUCCUCGAUGAGACUAAUAAUGAAAGUUUUCUGCAAUUGGAAGCGAGCUCUUAGCUACGAUUAAUAAACUGCCUUAAGGUUCAAAGUAUUUAUAAUAAAUUCAUUUAAAUAAAAAAUAAAGGGCAGCAAAAUAAGUAAAAAUAAU